AUGCGAGCGAGGGGGCUCAACAGCCUUCUCGUCCUCAAGGGAAAACUCGACCUCUUGGAUGCACAGCUCAAGCUACGCAAGAAGAUGCAGGCUCGGCAGGCUCGCAAUCCUAGCGGGGACGACGACGAUGAGGAUGACGAGAACGUGAUCUAUGUCGAGGGUGAGGAUGAUAUCGAUGGCGACGAGGCGGGCGCGCGGAGGAAGAGGACAGUCGUCGAGGACGAUGACGAGGUGGACGAACUCCUCCUAGCCAACGGUAUCGGCGGAGAUUCCGAUGACGAGGAGAUCGAUUUGGAUGGCGAUGAUUCGGAUGUGUCGGAUGGGGACGAAUCCCUUGACGAGGAUGAGGUCAACUACGAUGAUGUGGAUGAUUCGAUGGCGGAGGAUGACGACAGCGAUGUCGAGGCGGCACCCCCAGCCAAGAGGGCGAACAAGUCACGCUAA